AUGGCAGAAGCGCAGAAACAAGAGAGAGAAGAGCUCGCUCAUCGAGCUGGUCAUGGUUUUCCUCUUGUGAUUGAUUGCGAUAUGCAAGAAGAAAUGUCCUCGGAAGCUUCUGAUGCCGCUGUAACUGCUGUUGAGAAAUACUCAAACAACUACUCCCUUGCCGCCAAAAUGGUAAAAGAACAAAUGGACAAGAAAUUCGGCGCCGCGUGGCAUUGUAUCAUUGGCGAAGGUUUCGACGCCAAUGUCGACGCUGAUUGCGGGGCAAAGAUGGUCAUGAUGUUCGGUGGAGCUGUUGGCGUUCUUCUUUGGAAAUGCAACUAG